AUGUCGCUACGGGACCACUUAGCAUCCUCGCUGCUAGGCAGGGAUCCUUGUCACUUUCCGUGUCUACGCUCUGAUCAUGUCACCUCCCGAGUCUACAAAACAUAUUCUUCGUUGCUGUCACUACCAAAGACAUUUGUGCAGCCAGACUCAGCAACGCCAGCUUUGAGCGAAAAUGAUUUGUGUACACUCGCGUUUGCCUUGCUGCUCAAGGCUUACAUUCGCACCGAUAGUAUAUCCUGUGGCCUCUUCCAGGGCUCGAAUUCGAACUCGGAAGGUGUCUUCAAGGUUUCUUCGGCUUGUCUGCUUAUGGCUGAAUUUGAUGUAUCUGUUUCGAUCUCUGACAACUUCCGGAAGUUGAAAUUGACGCCAUUAAGUGGUUCCGACGACGAGAUAAUCGGUACGCACUUCCGAGAGCUUGAAGAUCAGGUGGGGUUCAAGUGCUUCAACACCUCAAUCUGCUUCUCGGAGUUUGCUCUUGGCGAGCAAAUAUUGGAGGAUCCUUUCGAUUCCGAUAUGGUUCUACAUGUUCAAGGCGGACGCUCUGCCACUCCUACUGACAAUGUUAAGGUCAGCCUGCACUACAGGACGAGCCUACUGGACAGCUGGUGCGCUCAAAAUGUUGUGACUACAUUUCAGAGCAUCUUAUCUGCGAUCAGCGCCGACGUCGGUGGCCUGCUCGCGCGCGUCAGCCUAAUCAGUACUAGAGACGAGCAGCUCAUCCGCAGCUGGAACGCCAAAUUACCGCCACCGGCCAAUCAAACCCUGAAUGAACACUUUGAGAAGGUUUUUCACGACAACGCACAUAAGGAAGCGGUCUAUACUUCCGACGGCUGUUUCACCUACGAGGAGCUUGACGACUUGAGUACUGUGUUGGCGGUACGUCUCGCACAACUUGGCGUCAACCGGAAUAUGAUCGUGCCUAUCUGCAUGGAAAAAAGCAGAUGGGCGACAUGUGCGAUGACUGCGGUGUGGAAAGCAGGCGGUGCCUUGACGACUAUGGAUCCCGCAUAUCCAGAUGAUCGCUUGUUGGCGAUCGUGGAGGAGGUGGGCGCGAGGAUCGUCAUCAGCGAUGUUAUCAAUGCAGAAAGGUUCGAGAAAGCUGGAUAUCACACAGUAUCAGAUCUCGAGGAUCUUCCUCGCCUCCUCGAGGCCGAUGGGCUGCCAGUAAAUCGAGCCGGUGCAUGGCGCAUGGGUGGUGUGGAGCCUGAUGAUUUGGCCUUCGUGGCGUUCACAAGCGGCAGCACUGGGCGACCUAAAGGAGUGAUGCAUACUCACAAUCGCCUGACUUCAGAACACCAGUCCUACAUCUGGAAUUCGGAAUACAAUAACGGGGCGCGGAUUCUCCAAUUUGGUUCCUAUGCAUUCAUUGCCGGUGUUGGUGACAACUUCCGUGCCCUACUCCACGGCGCAACCCUGUGCGUGCCAUCUGAAACUGAGCGGACAUCAAACCUAGCUGAAUUCAUCAAUCGAUCGCAAUCAACUCGGUCAUAUAUGACCCCCUCCGUUGUGAGAACACUCGACCCCAAGAAAGUCCCGAGUUUGAAGCACCUAUGUGUAGGCGGCGAACCUCUCGGCCGCGAUCUCGAAAAACUUUGGGCAGGCCAUGUCCAUUUCAUCCAACUUUAUGGGGCUAGCGAGGGUGGUUUCAUGAUCAAAGACCCUAGCAACCCCCAAUAUAACGGACAUGGUCUGUUUCCCAUUGGCGGACUCUCAUGGCUUGUCGAUCCGCAAGACGUGAACCAGCUAGUGCCUGUAGGCGCAGUCGGUGAGAUUGUCUUUGAAAGUCAUGAACUAGCAGCUGGAUAUAUCAAUGAUCCUGAUAAGACGGCCAAAACAUUCAUCGAUCCUCCAAUUUGGGCGCAAAAACGAGCUGCUGCCACAGGCUGCAGAUACUUGAGAAUGGGCGACCUGGGAAGAUACGAGACAGACGGCAGUCUCUCGAUCUACGGCCGCGCCGAUGCUCAGAUCAAGAUUCAUGGGCAACGUGUGGAGCCGGGAGACAUUGAGUCCAAACUCAGGGAUAUACUUCCGCCCAAAUCAGAAGCUAUUGUAGAUCUAGUGAGGCCAAUUGAUGCUCCAGACCGACCUCUUCUGACAGCAUUCUGUCGCUUGGCAUCGGAAACCGUCGGCAACCCAGGCACGGGCCCAAGUCUCGAUAGUCAAACAAUUCUCUUGGAUGCUCAGAAGCAACUUCGAAAUGUCCUUCCUCGGCACAUGGUUCCAAGGGUGUUCCUGAUUAUGAACGAGCUUCCACAAGGCCCCAAGAUUGAUCGCAGAAAGCUCCGGACCGACGCGGGUAAAGUGGGUUACAAGGCUCUGCUUGCAUCUCUACUAUCCGCAGGCCAUGACUCCUUUGAGCCUCCGGCAGACGAGAAAGAGCAGAUCCUCGCUAUGUUAUGGGCAAAUGUACUCAAUCAGGAUGUCGAACACAUAGGAAGAAGGAGCAACUUCCUGGCUUUGGGUGGUGAUUCGUUGACGGCUAUAAGGCUUGUCUCCGCAGCGCGCGAGAAAAACAUUGAGUUAAGAACGCAAGAUAUCCUGAGGUGCCCCGUAUUGAGAGACAUGGCCAAGCUUGCCACCGCCUCAGAUACUAACACCGGGAGCGUGGUCGUCGCCGGCGGUGUCAGUCACGACGCGGCCUGCUCGACCGACCCAAUUACUCUGAGAGCAACGGACUUUCAGGAAUGGGCAGUGCGUAUAGGCGCGCUCAAUGGAGGAUGGAUCGAUCACUUAACAUAUGACUUUCGUGGCCAGCUCGACUUGCAAAGGCUCGAAGAAAGCUGCAAAGGACUUGUGGCCGCACACCCCAUUCUCAGGGCCGUGUUCGAAGUUUCGGAUGACCAGGUCUACAUGCGGAUACCACAGCACCAAUUUCUUCCAUUCGAGACUUACCAAGUGACUGUGGAUGACAUUGAAAGUAAAAGUCAAGAAAUAUACGCGAAAGAUCGAGUGUGUCCUCUCGGAAGUCCAAUCGUGCGGUUUUCUCUCAUCAAAGCAUCCUCGAGUCGCCAUAGACUCAUUUUGCGGCUCUCUCACGCCCAGUAUGAUGGCUUCUGCGCGCAUACAUUUGGGCAAACUCUCCACCUGCUCUACAUCUCUCUGCCAAUACCACGCACAUUUCCAUUCCACGAGUAUGCUAGGGUGGUUCAAGACCCGUGCUUCAUUCACACUGCAGAGAUGUAUUGGCACGCCCGUCUGAAGAAAAGCCAAAUGCCAAAACUCGUGCAACGAGCUCGUUCCGGGCCGCCAUUCAACAAGAUUCUUGAUGGAGAAUAUAGAAAGUCCGUUCUGGAGCCAAACUUACGACAUCACGGCGUCAGCGUCGCCACUGUCGUCAAGGUAGCUUGGGCUCUGACAAUCUCCUCACUGUCGCAUUCACUCGAUGUCGUAUUUGGUGACUUCAUAUCCGGGCGCCAGGUGCACAUCCCGGGUAUCGAGACUGUUGUCGGACCUUGUGUGAACUUCGUGCCCGUCCGAGUCCAUCUAUUGCCGAACAUGACCAAUAUCGAGCUCCUCAAAAGGGUUCAAGCCGAUCUUAUUUCCUCAAUCCCCCAUGAGUCGCUGGGCUUCAAGCAUAUCAUUCAGAAAUGCACGAAUUGGGGCCAAAACGAACGUUUCUCCUCUAUUGUCAAUUUCGUCAACGUCGAGAACGCGAGCUUCGGAACAGAGACAUGGAUAGACGACGGUGAGAACAGAUUGGAGGUUGAUUCCAUGUAUGAGGAGAAACAGCAUGACAAAACAGACUUGUGGCUUCUCUGUCUGCCAGGACAUUUGGUCUCGAAACCGAACUCCGAGGCCAAACCUGGAAAGAAGACCCUGGAGCUACACUUCAGAUACAACACACAUCUGUAUCCAACUAGCGUUAUCGAAAGGAUCUCGGGCCUGUUCUGUGAAGCCCUCGACUCCCUCUCAACAGCUCCAGACCAGCUGAUAUCGAUACCGCAAAUUUCGGAUGAAGAGCGCUCGCUCCUUGUGCCGACCUCUGAUUAA